AUGGAAAGACUUCCUAUCAAGGCUCAUCAGGCUUGUGGCCCUUGCAAGAAACACAAACGCAAGUGCGACAAAGGCUUGCCAGCGUGUGGUCUCUGUGCCCGGACUGAGCGCACUUGCGAGUAUGAUGGGACCCCUAGGCCACCUCCCUCUGCGGAAGAGUUCGCAGCCCUGCAAGCCAGAAUGACGGAACUCGAAGAUCGCCUGAGUAAUACUUGCGGAAGUUCUGCUUUCGUUGCCAGCCCCGCUCCGACCUCCAGCAGCUCAACAACAUGGACCGACCACAUGCGCAGCACCACCACCCGAUUUCCGUCCGCCCUGUUCCUAGAUGCUGACUGCUACGAGUGGGCCAAAAUGAAGAUACCGAGAUCAGCAGCUACGAUUCCAAUGGACGUUCUCACGAUCCUCAACCAAGGGAAUGGGAUCCUGGAGAUUUCUCAAUUUUAUUUCAAUACGAUCCAUCGCUGGAUGCCCAUUAUCUCCAAGAAGCGAAUAGAUCUUGGCAUCCCGUUUCGAGAUGGCGGGCCGGAUCUGGCUAUAUUGUUUCUUGCGAUGAAGCUGGUAACCACACCUCCUGAGCUGACAGGAAGCGUGUACGGGACUAUUCGAGAAUUCUUUCGGGCUCUUGAAGCAGAUAACGUGGUAUCGCUACGCUGUCUCCAGGCUAUGAUUCUGGUCGCUCUCUACGAAUACAGCCACUCCAUCUACCCCGCUGCAUGGAUGACGGUUGGGGCCUGCUCACGGUAUGCGGAUAUCAUUCGGCUCUCGCCUUCUGGACAGUGCUUGAGCGCCAUAGGGAGUAAUACUACGUGGACUGAGUUGGAAGAGCGACGACGUAUCUGGUGGGCUAUCUUUAUUCUUGACCGAGUAAUAUCACUCGGCAGCAGGCGGAGAUUCUCCUGCCCAGAACCGGCAGAAGCCGACGUCCUGCCAGCGAAUGAUGUUGCAUGGAAUUCAGGUGACGUGUCCGGGGUCUUACAUUGUGCUGUUUCAAUUCCCUUUUCAGUCCCGCAGUCGCCCUUUGCCCGUCUAUGUCAGUCCGCCAUAUGCAUCGGUCGAGCAAUGGAAUGCAGGCGUGCUUCCCAACAGCUCCGCACGGAGGAGAGAACUACAAUGGUCACCGCCCUCACCGAGGAUUUAUGUGCCUUUAGUGUUGUACUCGAGGAAAAUACACCAUCCUUUCCGGAUGUAGAAGAAUAUCUAAGUCUUCUUGCCCCUCGCUGCCUCGUCUGGUCUGCCCUGUUCUUGCUUCUCGACAACUACUGUUGCCCGGAAAAAUUAGGCAACGAGCCAGGUUAUCCACUCUCAGGAAGUGCCAAAAUGCCAGAAGAACAGUUUUUACAAGUCGAUGCAACACUUGUCGUGCGAAGUAUAAGCGAUCAAGCGCACAAUGCGGCCUUGAAAAUUAUGGAGACACUGGAGGGUUGUCUACAGGCUCAGGAUCAGUUGGCCAGAGUUAGCCCUUUUGCGCUCGACGCGCUGUACUGCGCGAUGGCGACAUUUCAUUGGGUGCUUCGGGAAGCCGGCGAUGAGAUGAUCAAAGUCAGCCUUGAGAACAUUAUGCAGUGCUUGCGAAGGUUAGGUGAAGGGUGGCCGUUAGCUCUAGAGUAUCUUGCCCUUGAGAAGGUGUAUGCUAAUGCUACAGCGGACGAGACAUCUAUAGACAUGUCUGCAUAG